AUGGUCGAUCUUGCUACUCCGUGCCAAGGCGACAACUACUCGGCGCAGCAAGGAUGCUUCGAAGGACCCGAAAAGUUACUCGAAGUAUGGUUCUCUCCCUCCGCCCAGCGGCUCGCAGAUCAUCAGGAUCUGGACUACUUCAACUCUUCUGAGGAAGACGAUGGAUCAAGCAACAACGACGACGAAGACAAGUCAGAAGCCAUUGCGCGCUUUAGUCCUCCCCGGCCACAUCGCCGUGGCGAGUAUCCAGUACACCAUCAUCACAACGCUAAUAAUAUCAAUACCGGAUUACGCGUGGUUCCACGGUCUGUGUGGGACGACGUGUUGGCACUUGUCAAGUGCACGGUCCUGAACGUAAUUACAAAUGACCAUGUGGACGCCUAUCUAUUGAGUGAGUCGUCCAUGUUUGUAUAUCCUCACAAGCUCAUCCUCAAGACAUGUGGUACGACCACGCUUUUAUUGGCCCUUCCCCGUAUUUUGGAGGUUGCCCAUCAAUACUGUGGCUUUGAAAAGGUGUGGCGUGUUUUCUAUUCCCGCAAGGCAUUCAUGUUCCCAGAGAGACAGGUCGGACCUCAUCGUUCCUGGGACAGCGAGGUUGAGUUUCUCAACAAAUAUUUUGACAACGGCUCGGCGUAUACCAUCGGCAAAGUGGCAACGGAUCAAUGGCAUCUCUAUAUUACCAAGCCGGCCGAUGAUGUGCUUCACCAUAACGGCGUUGCUCCGCUUGCUGUUGAAUCCUCCUCCCCCAAACGCCAUGCAGCACCAGCAGCAGCAGCAGCAGUAGGUGAGAUGAAUGAAAGAAGGGUGGAUCGAGAAAUCAUCAGUAGCGGUCAGUCGACCCCGGUGACUGUCGAGAACCCUUCGCCAUUCGGCACUGGUCACACGCACGCUGACCAGACGGUGGAAAUCCUGAUGCGACGGCUGAACCCUGAAAAGAUGCAAAAGGGAUUCUACCACGAUCCCAGUCUAACCGAGUUGGGCACGGUGGGCGGCCAGUUCGUGGACCAGUUGACAGGCAUUGGAGCGUUGUAUCCAGAGGCCCAGAUCGACUCGUUCUUGUUUGAGCCCUGCGGAUACUCGUCCAACGGUCUCCAGGACGACCGCUACUUUACGAUCCAUGUCACCCCCGAGCCUGACUGCUCGUACGCCUCGUUCGAGACCAAUAUACCCGUGGAGGAGUCUCAUGCGACCGCAGGCGAUGGCCAGAGCCCCAUCGAAACGCUCGUCAGCCAAGUGACAAACAUCUUUGAUCCUGAAUCGUUUACGGUGACAUUCUUCACCUCGCACCACCACAAGGAUAACCAUAGCCACAGUCACAUGGUGCGCUCGAUGGGGUCGAUGCCAGGCGGCUACAAGCGCUCGCACCGCAUCCUGUACGAGUUCGACGGCUAUGAUCUGGUGUACGGCCAUUACACCAAGGAACAGCAGCAACAUUGA